AAAUUUCCAGAAAAAGAACAAAACUAACGUAAAUAAAUAUUCAAAAAGUUUACUAUUUACAAAACAGAAGGCAACACAAUGUCCGCCAAUGAAGAUCAGUUUGACAACAUAUUGCUCGCUUUAGCAGAGAAGCAUCGAGGCGGAGUGCCCGAAUUUCUGCAUACAUUGGCCAGUUUCUUGCGUCGGAAGACAGAUUUCUACACAGGUGCCAAGCAGGCUGAGUGGGAGAAAAUGCUGCUGGAUGUGUUCCGCAAGGAGUCCAAACUGGCCAUGGCUGCCCAUGAAGAGAAACUGAAAGCACGCGAAGCUACACAACGUCUAAAGGACGAAAAGGAGCGAGCAGAGCGCGAGGCGCGUCAAAAGGAAAUGGAUGAUAAUAAGAUUUGUGAUAUUAGCGAUGAAGAGGCCGCUGCCAUUAUCAAGGAGGAGGAGGACAAAAAACGUCAGCAGCUGUUGGAUGGCGCUGCUGGAGACUCGGCGCGUGUGACAACAGUCAAUGAGGAACUCUCCAAGCCCAUUGAAAAGGUGGAUGAUGACACCGAAAAGGAUGAGUUGGGCAAAUUGCAACCAAAUUCUGGCAAUGGCUGCACUCUAGACAAAUACAUGUGGACACAGACACUGCAGGAGGUGGAGCUGAAGAUUCCCUUCAAUGUGCCGUUCGCUUUGCGUGCCCGCGACAUUGUGGUCAACAUCGGCAAGAAGACAUUGAAGGUGGGCAUCAAAGGUCAAGAGCCGGUCAUCGAUGGCGAGCUGUAUGCCGAGGUCAAGCAGGAGGAAUCGCUUUGGGUGAUCCAAGAUAACAAAACGGUGGUCAUUACACUCGAGAAGAUCAAUCGCAUGAAUUGGUGGAGUCGUUUGGUUACAACCGACCCGGAAAUAUCCACUCGCAAAAUCAAUCCAGAGUCAUCCAAGCUGUCAGAUCUGGAUGGCGAAACACGUAGCAUGGUGGAGAAAAUGAUGUACGAUCAGCGCCAGAAGGAGAUGGGUUUGCCAACCAGUGAGGAUCGCAAGAAACAGGAUAUACUAGAGAAAUUCAAGCAACAGCAUCCCGAAAUGGAUUUCUCUAAAUGCAAAUUCAAUUAGGAUGUAGAACAUUCUUUCCGUUUCUACAAAUCUUCUCUACUUCAGUAUCUAAAACACUGAAUCAAAUACACAUAAACACUCACACACACACACCUACGCACACAUUUGAAAUGUGUUUAGCAUUUUCUAACACUAACACUUUUAGAUUAAAAGCAAUUUAUUAAACAUGUGAAAUAUAACAAAUUGUGAACAAAUGCCGAUGCCGUUUUACAUAUGUUAA